AUGGCAGACAAGAUUUCGAUCACGAUCUGCGGCGACGGCGGAUGUGGUAAAUCGUCUAUUACCCUGCGUCUGGUGAGGUCACAGUGGACAUCCGAAUAUGAUCCCACCAUUGAAGACUCGUACUCGGUCACCCGAACCGUGGAUGGCUUAAACUACUAUCUCUCAUUGACCGACACGGCGGGUCAAGAAGAAUAUCGAAGUCUAUGGGCCGCCUCCAAUCUUCAAUCCGACGCCUUCCUCCUGGUCUAUGACAUCACCAAUGCCCACUCUCUGGAAGGCCUCUCGUGGUUCCUUGACAUGAUCGACAUCGAGGCCGAGAACCGCAUCGAAGAAAAUUCCCGAUUACUCAAAGAGAAAGGUUCCAAAGUUCGAGGCCGGAGAGAAGAGGGUUGGAAAUUCCCCCCUAUUAAAAUCAUUGCCGGCAACAAAUGUGAUCUGAAAGAUGCUCGCGUCGUGAGCAGUAAAGUGGGUUGGGAAUGGGCGAAGAGCAAAGGCUGCGGGUUUAUGGAGACAAGUGCCCGAGAAAUGGUCAACAUUGAGGAAACUUUUGCUUUAAUCGUGCGCCGCGUGGUCGAGGCCAGACGGCAACAGAACGCCAGUAUGGAUUCUCUUCCUCCCAAUCUUCCUUUUGCCUCCAAGGGUCAUACUCCCCAUGUCAGUAGUGCCGGUGUAUCAGGAUAUCAGUGGCCCAGUACGAUGCAGCCCCACCGACAACCAACCAAUCCCCACCCCCUACCUAUCACCGAGAAAUCCGGAUUCGACGAUGAUAACGUCUCGGUGCCCUGGUGGAAGAAGAUCUUUUGCUGUUCUGGUUGA